AUGUCCCCAUCGCCUACAACAGCGAAAGAAGUAUAUCAUUUAUAUCGGAACUUUAAGAAACUUGGUGGAUCUUUAGAAUACUUCGAGGUUAGCAGAGGUAAACCUGGUCUCAAUACAUACAGUAAUGAAGCGUCUUUGAUAUAUAAUCCAUCUUCUCAGUUAUCGCAGCUCGACCCAUUUAAUGGAACAGACGAAAAUAAGGAGGAGACUAUUGCAGAAUUACUGGCCCAACGGGCUAAGUUAACAAGUACGAUACUAUCAAUUUGUGCAAUACCACGAUAUUCUUUCAUCGAAAAUGAUCAACAAUACAUGAAUGGUGAAAUUGAAGUACCAUAUAAAUUCAGGUUGAAUAGAGAUGGAUUAAAAUACGAUAAAAGGUAUUCAAUAUCGUCAUCAACUGUAAAUAAUCAAUUUUGUUUCAUUUCACCUAUUGCAGCAUCUGAAGGUGAUAGUAAGCAUGGAAUGAAUGAUAGCGUAUUAACAGAUUUCAAAAGUCAUAUGAGACACAAUUUCCAAAAAUUCCAUAAGUUGGACAGUAUUUCGAUAUCAUCGGCCAUACCUCAUAUUAAUCACUUAAUAGGUAGACAGAAACUAAACCCUAGCAUAAAUCGAAAUGACAGUAUUCAAUAUAGUUCUCUAAUGGAUCUUCAUUCGGAUAUAAAUACAUUUGAAACAGAGAAGGAAAUAAAUUUAAAAUUACGAAAUCUAUCUUUAGGUUUUACAGGGUUCUACGAUUAG